GCUCCGCCCCAUCACUGGACUCAUCACCCCACGGGACGUAAUGACUGAUUUCUCCAUCUCCUGCUACGCAAUCCCCAAGGUGCAAAACACUCCCGGGCUCUAUUUCCCACUUCCCAAUCCCUGGCACACCACCCUCAACGGGUCCAUGACCCUAGGCUCCUCCCUCUAACAUAGAGGUGUGCAGUGGCGAUGGCAGCGCAGGUUCAGCGCUUGUCCCACAUUGCUCUUCACGUGCGCGAUAGCGAGCGCCUGGCGCGCGACCUCUCAUGUCGUUUCCGUUUCCAGUUGUGCGGCGCGCGGGUGACGGAGGGCGCCACGCAGCUCGCCCUGAGAAGAGGAUCCGCCGUUUUCCUGGUGAACGAGAGCCGUGUUCGCGGCGAGUGUUCGGUGCCCGGGGGCCUCCUGUACGAUGUGGUUCCGGGGCCCCAAGCGGUGGAUAGCGCCUGUAACAUCUCCUUCGAAGUGAAGGAUGUAGAGCGGGCGACGCUGCGGCUGGAUCGCCUGGGCUGUCAGGUCGUUGUACCGCCGAGGCCGGUGGAGGAUGAGCUGGGCUUGGUCACCUACUCGGUGGUGCGAUCGGUGGUGGGCAAUAUCUCUCACACUCUGAUCGACCGGAGCGGUUACCGUGGGGAGUUCCUGCCCGGUUUCGUGCUGCCGCCAUGCCCCGGGGGCGGGGCUGAAAAGCGGGAGGUAGCCAGGGGGCCGGUAGCCAUCAGCCAUUUCGACCACAUCACCUAUGCGUGUCCCCAGCGGCAGAGCGCCUGCAUCAUGGACUGGUACCACCGCUGCUUCGGCUUCCAGCGCUUCCUGGUCAACCGAAGUGAAGAUCUAAAUGAUGGUUAUGUCAUUGAAGGAGAUAACAUUGGUCUGCGCUUAACUGCAAUGGAGUACUGGAAAUGCAGUGAGGUUGGCAUGUCCAUGCCUAAAAUCGAAGAGAAGAAAUUGGAUUGCAAAUUUGUGAUAGCUGAGUCUUUAGCCAAUCAAGGUAAAAAUCAAAUCGACACAUUUUUAGAACAGCACAAUGGAGCUGGGAUACAGCACGUGGGCUUGUACACGACUGACAUUAUUUCAACUUGCAAAUUCCUUGCAGAUGCUGGAGUUGAGUUUUAUUGUCCACCUUCUGCAUAUUACACUGAGACAGAAAAAUGGCAGGAGAUCAUGAAAGCAGGACAAAAUCCAGAGUUACUUGCACAGUACAAUAUUCUUCUGGAUUCUGAUGUGGAUGAUGAGCAUUGUAAAGGAGAAGCCAAAUGUCAAGGACCAGCUAAUAAAAGAUAUCUAAUGCAAACAUUCACAAAACCAAUUUUUUCUGAAGAGACAUUUUUCCUUGAGCUUAUUGAACGAAAGGGUGCAUCAGGAUUUGGAGAAGGAAACAUCCGUGCACUGUGGAAAUCUGUUCAGAUUUGCAUUGACCAGCAGGAAGACAAAAAAUUGUGAAAAAGAAUUAUCGGCUAUGAAUGGGCAGGCUAAUGAUGCUAACAGCUGAAGACUACUACAUUGGAGGGGAGUCCAUUGAACAAAAUGCUAUCUUCUGACAUCUGGUUUGUACUAGCUGCCUUACACAGAAAUAAAAUGUCCUGCAUAAAUGCACCUGGAGCAGAAAGACUGAAGCUUCUAAAACAUUUUAUCCUUACCAUUAAAUUUUUGAGGCCCACAUGAAUAUUCUUUUCUGGAUUUAAUGUUUUCUUUUCCCCUCAAUUUUGCAAAAUGCAGAAAUUCCCUAACUGUCCUUUCCCUUCCACAUUGCUCACUGGAGUGAGCUACACUGCAUCUUGUUUUUUGUCUUUGCUUAGAUUCUGUAAUGCUUGGAUUAAGUUCAACCUGGUGGACCUCAUAGAAUGAGUUUUCUAGGACUCUUAACCUGGUCCAAUCAUGGAGCCCUCGCUGGCUGACAGAAACGGGAGUGUAAGGUGUUCCGUUCACUCCAGGACCUGGCUCACCUGUCUGGAUCAGUGUCAUGCGCUAUGAAGAAGCGAAUAAAAGGUGACUUGGUAACGA